GCGGCUGGACCACCCGCAUCCUAGUAGGAGGACUUCCCCAGCCUCCUGGUAUGAGCCACGGGAAGAGAACCGACAUGCUCCCGGAGAUCGCCGCCGCCGUGGGCUUCCUCUCCAGUCUCCUGAGGACGCGGGGCUGCGUGAGCGAGCAGAGACUCAAGGUUUUCAGCAGGGCACUCCAGGACGCACUGACCGAUCAUUACAAACACCACUGGUUUCCAGAAAAACCCUCCAAAGGCUCCGGCUAUCGCUGUAUCCGCAUCAACCACAAGAUGGACCCCAUCAUUACCAAGGUGGCCAGCCAGAUUGGACUCAGCCAGCCCCAGCUGCACCGGCUGCUGCCCAGCGAGCUGACCCUGUGGGUGGAUCCAUAUGAAGUGUCCUACCGCAUUGGGGAGGAUGGUUCCAUCUGUGUCCUGUAUGAGGAGGCCCCCAUGGCGGCCUCCUAUGGGCUCCUCACCUGCAAGAACCAAAUGCUACUGGGCAGGAGCAGCCCCUCCAAGAACUAUGUCAUGGCUGUCUCCAGCUAGACAGGAGCCAAUCUACCCCGGCACUCUACUGUACUCAUGCUGCCGUGACAACAGGCCACCGUAUACCUCAACCUGGGGAACUGUAUUUUUAAAAUGAAGAGCUAUUUAUACGUGUUAUUUUUUUUUUUUUUUAAGAAAAGAGGAGGAAAAAAAAACCAAAAGAUUUUUUUUUUUAAAGAAAAAAAAAAUCCGUAAAGGGAGCUGCUUGGAAGUGGCCUCCCCAGGUGCCUUUGGAGAGAACUGUUAUUGAGUCUGUGAGCCAGUGUUUGCCUAGGGGAAUGGUUUGGGGAUUGGCCUAGCCAAGGUAUAGGAGGAUUCUUGGCUGAUCCCCCAGGAGGUGGUGAAAGGGAGCAAGCAAGGUUAGCAACUGUGAAUGAGAGGGGUCAGGAUCUGCCCUGGGUUACCAUCCUAGCCUGGAUGCCUGGAUGCCUGGUUCCUCUCUUACUCAGGGGCAUUCAAGCCUGGUCUUAAAUAAUACUACAUUGCCUAAUCUUCUCUUUUGUUUUUCUGCUGAGAUCCUGGGCAGAGUGAAAGACCUCUUCCUUGUUCCUUCUGUUCUAAGCAGGCUUUCUCAUUUUUUAUUUUUUAUUUUAUAUUUUCUCAUUUUCUCAUUUUUUAUUCUACCCUCAGGGGCCUGAAGAGGUUGGUUCCCCACCAGGAAUCUAUCUGAACAUUUUUGGAGGGUGGGAUGUAAGACAGGUGUGCAAAGACUUUGGGGCUAAGAUGGAGGGGAACUGCACAAAACCUUUGCUUUGCUCUGUGCUGCUUUGGAUGGAUGGAUGGUGAAUAAUUUAGGGAUGAUUUGCAAUGGAAUUUUGGGACCCAAAGAGUAUCCAAUGUGGGUGGGUUUUUUUGUUUUUGUUUGUUUUCUUUUGGUUUUGUUUUGUUUUUACUUAAACCCUCCUUUUAGGAACCACAUGAAAGAUCGAAUGCUGCUACCAUUAUUCCUUUACGAGGUGGCUCAAAGCUCCAGGGAACUCCAGGUUUUUUCUUACUGCCUUCUCUUCAAGAGCAACCUCCCCCAUUUCUCCCUUUCCCCUCUUUCCUGUGGUUGGGUCCUGGACGGCCCUAUUUCCUAGGACAAGAGUUCUCAUUCACUGUGCAAUAGUCCCAGGAAACUCUAAGACUGGGCCUCCCAGCCCUUCCUGGUACCCUGGUGGGCUUUAGGGACCCACCUUUCCCAUUCUCCUGGGGGUUCUGACUGGCUGAUGGGCCUCAGGGAGAGUGACUGUGCCCUGCAGGACUACCUGGUAUUCUUGAAUGGCUGCCACUAAGAGCCCAACCUUGGGAAGAGCUUUAUCUCCUUGGUGCUCAGAGCACCUGUGGGGGAGGUUGUCUCUCAGUAAAAUCCAAAUUUAUCUGUAGAUGUGUGCAAUAUUUACUGGUUUGGGUUGGAGAAAAUUGGAAAACACUGGGAGGAUACGGCUUUCCUUCAGGUUUCCUUCCAUCCGUGACACUGACGAGGGGCCCUCGGAAUGUCUCCCAAACUAAAGGACAGAGUUAAAGCCAGCCAGUCAUCCUUAGUGAGGAGCCCCCCCCCCCCGCACCGUUUCUCUCCACCACCACAGCAUCCCAUCUCCCGAAUUUCUCAACUCCUCAGCUUCUGCUCGAAGGUGCUAUUUACCAAACACUCUGCCCAUGCUGCUUUGGCACCCCCCAGCGUCACCCAGCCUUCCCGGGCAGCUUGGUCUCUCUCGCUUUAAAGUUAACUCUGGGCCCACAGCCCCGAGCGAGCGCCGUGGGUUGAAACAAAGCUGUGAAUCGCUGCAGAUGGUUCUGCUGUCUUGUCCACACACAGGUCCCUGCCAUUUUAGACGCAACCUCCUGGUCUCAUGCCUAAAUCUGUUCUUUCCUGUCAAUGUUCACUUUAAAAAUGACAACCCCCCUAUAGCUGGACUGUUGAGCGGGCCUGUCUCUUUUUAAGGAAAAAUAAGCAAUAGUGGGAAGUUUGUAAGCUAUUCUGACAGGAAAGACAAAGGUUACUAAUUGUAUAAUAGUUUUUAUAUGGAAGACUGUACAGAUUUGUGGGCAAAUGUACACAUUUUGUUUUUAAUAAAAUUGUAGCAGAUCAUG